GGACAUUGUCUCUGUGUCUCUAUGUGACGGAUCGACCCAAGUCAUGGUCAUCAGGAUAUCGUGACGGAGGAGGCAUCCAUCAUUCAAUCGGCUUCGACGGCAACCCCACUCGCCUGGAAGCUGGAAAACCCGGCGGCACACUUGGGCUCUUCCGGACCGAUGCACUGCUCCUUCUUCCUCUCUUCCACCGACAUGGCAGAGACCUGCGCCCAAUAGUGCUUGGCCAGUAUCUCGGCAAUUCCGGGCUGCUGCUGCCACUUGCCGACGGUGAACUCGCCCUCUGCGCACCGCACAUCAGUGAGACGGCCGGCUAUCAGCUGGCUGUGGAGGUAUCGGAGGGUUUGCAUGAGCUGCCCGUCCUGUGGGAGGGAGGGAGAGAGCGAGACAUACACUUGUGGAGUGGGGUGGGGCUUCAUUUAUAUUGGCAAUGUUUGCUGCGCACGUACCGACUCGAAUGGGUCGUUGGUGUCGUAGCGGCCAAUGAAUGGCGGCACGGGCAGGAAGUUCUGUGGCUGGCAGAGCCCUUGUUGCACCCUGCACCGCACACACACGCACACGUCUCUCGCUCUGUGUGUGUGUAAGGCAGGCGCGUACAUGUCAUCGAUGAGGACAGUGUGUGAGACGUCUCCCUUGGUGGGCAGCCCACUCCAGCCGAGGUCCUUCAAGCCUGCGGCGGUCUCUCGCAUGUCGCUGUAGUAAAAACUGCGUGCCGACACACACACACACACACAGAGAGGGAGGGAGGGAAAAGAAGACAUGUCUUUAUGACGAAACAAGCAGAUGCGUAUGCAGACCGGGCGAAGAAGAGCUCUCUAGGGGUGAAGCCUGCGUCCGUCUCGAGCCGGUCAAUGAUCGGGUCUACCCAGUCGGCCACGCCUGCCGACCACACCAGCAUCCGCACCCCAAUGCCCUUCAGCUGUUUCAAAAACGAUAUGAUAUGCGGGCGGACGAGCACCUGCACACACACACACACAUACACGCACAGAGAGAGAGAGGGAUGCAACUCUUGGUGCACAUGAUGGAUUCUGAAAGGGGUGACCGUUCUGUGUGUUGUGUCUGGAGUCCAUGGGUGUUGGAAGUAGGUGACCCCUCUGUCGAUGGGCCCGCUCUUCAUGCCGUGAAUCAUGGUCUCGUCCACUGUGUUGACACACAGACAGGCACACCUCUCUCUCGCUAUCUCUCUCUCUCUCUCUGUGUGUGUGUGCGUGUGUGCGUGUGUGCGUGCGUGUUCCUGCAGCCUGGCAGUGUUUGUUUGUCUGUUUGUCUGUCUGUCUGUCUGUGGUGUCUGUGCUGUGUCUCGCCUACUGUCCCAGACGAUGGUCAGCCCCCCUGCACACAGGCACAACAGACAAUGCCGGCCAGCCACGUACAACGCCUAGCCUGCCUGCUGGCAGUGCGUGCGUACCAUGAUGGUUGGAUGCGGUGGCCGCCGCCGUCUGUGUGUCCAGGUCGGCCUCUGUCGCCUCGCUGUUUAUGUCAUGAUGAUGCUUCAGGUGCCACCUUGGCCGACCGCUGGACAACAGGGAUAGCUGGGCAGACACACAGGCAAUCGCCAGAAGAAUACGCAUGGCUGGAGGGCCACACUUUC